UCACAAUGCUCCUCAGCUGUGGGGGUGUGCGGGGGUGUGCGUGCUGCUCUCGUCUCCUGGCACACACCAGCCUGCCUCCGUCCCCCCGCUGAAGGACAAGGGAGCCCCACCGCGGAAGACAAGACAGGAGGUCACCCUUCACCCAUGAGUCGUGUCUGUGAGUGGAGCGCUCUCCCCAGAAGAUGGGAAAUACAUCGAAAACAAGCUUGUUUGUUUCCACCAUCUCAGCAGAACAUGACUUCCUCAUGGGGACUCUAUACAGCACUUUCUUCUGCUUCCCACAUUACGGUAACCGGUUCUCCUCCUCCCACGCCCGUGUCCUGGUCCUGGGGGCAUGGUGCUACGCUGUGGUCUUUGCCGUGGGGCCGAUGGCCGAGUGGGGUCGCUACGGGCCGGAACCGUAUGGCACAGCUUGCUCCGUGGACUGGCACGUGCCCCGUGGGGACGCGCAUGCCGUGACCUACGUGGUAGCGCUCUUCCUGUUUGGCUACGCGGUGCCCUGCACCGUCAUCCUCACCUCGUACGCCUUCAUCCUGCUGACGGUGCGCAGCUCACACCUGGCCAUGCGGCAGCACAUAUCCCCGCAGAGCACGGUCUCCAACGCCCACAUACUCAUCGUCAAGCUCUCUGUGGCAGUGUGCGCCGGCUUCCUGGCCGCGUGGAGCCCCUACGCCGUGGUGGCCAUUUGGGCAGCCAGCAGCGGCACUGCCCAGGUGCCCCCGGUUGCCUUCGCCCUGGCAGCUAUCUUUGCUAAGUCCUCCACCGUCUACAACCCCAUAGUCUACCUGUUGUUCAAGCCCAACUUCCGCAAGUCGCUGUACCGGGGGGCGGCGCACCUCCGGGGCCGACUCCAGCCAGGCCGGACCUCCCAGCGUAACCACGGCGACAUCAGCCAUUCUACGCGCUUGUCUGAUGGCCCGCACGAAUGGCACGGAAGGUGCCGGCAUUGUGUGGAGGAUGGGGCGCUCUGCGUGGCGCCGGCACAAAGGACUGCUCGUGUUCUGGUGGUGUCAGCCCACAGUGAAGUACGCGUCAGCCAGAUCUCCGACAGACUUCACUGCGACUUCCUCUGAAGGGACGCCCUGCACGGCCAGUUCCUGUCCCCAGACCAACUGGGACCCGAGCGACCAAUAGGACAGAGACGAGUACCAGCAAUCAGAAGGCUUAGAAGAUGGCUUUGUAUAUGGGGAGGCACCCAGACAGUGACACGACACUACAAUUACAAUAACCCCGACCACAAGGGGGCAGUACUUCCAACAAAAUAAACAUGGGCAGAACAAAUAGCGGUACAACACCUGUCUCAUCUUUUUAGAUUUAUGCAAGGGAGGCUCCUUCUCCAUUUUAGCAGUGAGUGGGCCUCCCAUCUACAGUACAUCCACGAUCACCUCAGUUUUUAGUCUGUACUGAUGUUUAGCUCCAUAGAAUAAAUAAUAUUUCAAAUAUGCAUCUUCUGGUCCCCGGACUACAUAAGACAAACUUUUCCUCUGUCUGGAAGCCUGUCUGACCAAACCCCAUUCAGUGGCCUGGCUGAUCUUCUGGGAGUCAGUGAAAAUGCCACUUGGAGACAGUUACCAUCAGCACUGCAGCGUCCAGACCUGCAGUCAUCAUGCUAACUUUAUAGGGGUCAGAGGGCACUUUAUACAUGCGGGAGAUUCGCUUAAUGGGCCUGCAGUUUCUUUUCUAAGCUUUGACUUUCCCCCGCAUCAUGAGGGAUUUAACAGACGGCUUGUAUCAGUCGUUUGCUCUAUGCAAACACAGGGGGGGGGGGAGGCAAGUGGAGCGGCGACAUCAGCGGCGACCCCUGAGACACGGACAUCCAGCGUUCAUCAGCCGCAGGGUGACACGUUCUCCAUCGUCUAGGCUGGCUGGUCGCUGCUUUAGAUGCUUGGGUCGCAGUAACAUGAUGAGUGGGGGGGAGCCUCUCCAGCUGAAGCAUGGCAGCCUAAGGCAGGUGGUCUCCGGAUGCCAUGCUGGCCACCUGAGGGAGGGUCCAGCACAGUUCCUGCAGAGCUAUGCACUGAAAUUACCUGCCUAUUUCUGUGAC